UGAGAGCCGACGGAGGAAAGAAAGCGGAGGAGCGGGAGAAAGAAGAAGAAUGGCCCUUUAUUAAUCUCACCUUAACUUAACUGCCAUGGCUGGGAAGAAGAUUAUAACUAUUUGUCAAUCGGGUGGUGAGUUUGUGACCGAUAAAGAUGGUUCGUUAUCAUACACUGGUGGAGAUGCCCAUGCUAUUGAUGUUGAUCAGCAAACACGGUUUAAUGAUUUCAAAUUGGAAAUUGCUGAAAUGUGGAACUGUAGCAUUGCUACCAUGUCUAUCAAGUACUUCCUCCCAGGAAACAGGAAAACUCUCAUUACUGUUUCCAAUGACAAAGACCUGAAGCGCAUGAUCAAUUUCCAUAAGGACUCUGUCACUGUGGAUGUCUAUGUCGUAGCAGGAGAUACUGUCACCCACGAUGUCUCCAACAUGCCUGCCAGUAGGUCAAGCAGGACCACCUUCUCUGAAGCAGUGGUUCUGCCAGAUGCUCCUGUUGAUGCCCCAAUGGAUGUCGUUGUUGAUGCCCCCAUGGAUGUCGUUGUUGAAGCCCCAGAUAUCACCAAUCUAGAUGUGCCAAAUGCUGCUAAUGCUGCUGCUGAUGCCCCAAUUGACAUACCUAUUGCUUCUCGUCUUCCCUUUUCCGUUCUUUCUAACUCUAAUGGUGGAAAGAAUCAUAAAGAUUCAAAAUCAUGGGAAAAUGCCAUAACUGGUGUCGACCAGCGCUUUAAUAGUGUUCACGAAUUUCGUGAUGCUUUACAUAAAUAUUCCAUUGCACAUGGGUUUGCCUACAGAUUUAAGAAAAAUGAUCCUCACCGUGUAACUGUCAUGUGCAAAGCAGAAGAUUGUCCAUGGCGGAUACAUGCAUCAAGGUUGUCAACCACCCAGUUAUUUUGUAUUAAGAGGAUGACCCCAACUCACACAUGUGAAGGAGGUGUUGUUACUGCUGGGUAUCGGGCAACAAGAAGCUGGGUGGCAAGUAUCAUAAAGGAGAAGCUGAAAGAGUCCCCAAGUUACAAGCCCAAGGAUAUUGCCGAAGACAUUCGUAGAGAAUACGGGAUUCAGCUGAACUAUUCUCAGGCGUGGCGUGGAAAGGAGAUUGCAAAGGAACAGCUUCAGGGUUCAUUCAAAGACGCUUACAACCAAUUGCCAUUCUUCUGUGAGAAGAUAAGGGAGACGAAUCCUGGUAGUUUUGCUACAUUCGCAACCAAGGAGGACUCAAGCUUUCAUCGUCUCUUUGUGUCAUUCCAUGCCUCUUUGUCUGGUUUCCAACAAGGGUGCCGUCCUCUCCUUUUCCUUGACAGCACUCCUUUGAACUCAAAAUACCAAGGGACUUUGUUGACCGCAACAGCAAUGGAUGGAGAUGAUGGUGUUUUUCCAGUUGCGUUUGCUGUUGUAGAUGUUGAGAGUGAUGAUAAUUGGCAUUGGUUCUUACUAGAAUUAAAAUCUUCUGUUUCGACAACUCGAUCCAUAACAUUUGUAGCAGAUAGACAGAAAGGGUUGAGGGAAUCUUUAUCUGAGAUAUUUGAGAAUGCGUACCAUGGUUAUUGUCUUCGUUACCUUUCUGAGAAGUUUAAGAGAGACUUAAAGGGGAAGUUUUCUCAUGAAGUGAUGCGUCUCAUGGUUGCGGAUUUUUAUUCUGCUGCUUAUGCACCCAGACUUGAAGGAUUUCAGAGAUGCUCAGAAAGCAUCAAAGGUAUUUCAGUGGAAGCUUAUAAUUGGGUUAUACAAAGUGCACCUGAACAUUGGGCAAAUGUUUUAUUUGGUGGUACGCGGUAUAACCAUAUGACAGCGAACUUUGGAGAAAUGUUCUACAGCUGGGUUUCAGAGGCAAACGAUUUACCAAUAACACAGAUGGUGGAUGUGUUACGUGGUAAGAUGAUGGAGUUGAUCUACACACGGAGGGUGGAAUCCAAUCAAUGGUUGACAAGGUUAACUCCAUCAGUGGAGGAAAAGCUACAAAAGGAGACAUUGAAAGCACGUUCCCUUGAAGUUAUUUUCUCACGUGGUAGCACAUUUGAGGUCCGUGGUGAUUCCAUUGAAGUUGUUGAUAUUGAUCACUGGGACUGUAGUUGCAAAGGAUGGCAAAUUACAGGUUUGCCAUGCUCGCAUGCUAUUGCUGUUUUUGAAUGCACUGGUCGGAGCCCAUAUGAUUAUUGUUCUCGAUAUUUCACAACUGAGAGUUACCGAUUAACUUAUACAGAGUCUAUACACCCAAUUUCAAAUAUAGACAGGCUCACGCUGAAAGAAUCAGCUAAUACGACAGUCACAGUAACACCUCCUCCUACUCGUCGUCCUCCAGGCCGACCAAAGAAUAAGCAGACUGGAUUGAAGGAGGUAGUUAAACGACAACUCCAGUGUAGUAGAUGCAAGAGUAUUGGUCAUAAUAAAACAACGUGCAAGGAGUCCUCAUAGGAGUGUCGGACUUUGUAAGUUAUUUUUCCAAGUCUUCGAUGUUCUCCAACUGUUACAUGUUAUAAUCAUCAUCAUCAUUGCCAAAUGAUAAUGACAUGUAAGAGCAUGGGUCUCACAACAUAUAUAGGUUUCUUAUUUAAUAGGUGUGUGGUUUAAGAUUACUCUGAAAGCAUUCUGACUGAAUGUUCAUCUUGCAUUGGCUGCACAGUAACUUUUUCCCGCGUUAUGGGAUCUUGGAUUUUGAGGUGUUGAGUGUUGUUGGAGUCAUUGGACUAAUAGAAAAUGAAAAUCUUUCUUUA